AGGAUUGUGCUUUGUUUUGAUACAAAAUUAUUUUAUGUAUGAUUUAUUGGUUAAUCGAAGGAUACAUUCCUCAGUUUUCAUACAUUCCAAAUCUCCAUUGUUCAGGAGUGCACACUUGAGAAGAUGCUCGUUUAAAGUGUGUGUCCCACACAGGUCCGGUGACAGCCAUCUGCUGGGGUCCAGGCCUCUUCUCAAAGAGAGCAGAAAGCCCUUCCCCCAGCUGUUCUCCGAAAGCUCUUCCCAUUGAUAUUUCACUUUUCAGUUAUCAGGGUGCCUCUGAUCGUCAUCAUGAAUUAUACAGGCUGAAGUGACGUCACCGUGAACUCGACUCCUGCGAACACAAACGGGUUUCACAAGGCGAGACAAAGCAGAGAUCUUUACGCGUGUCUGAGGCGGUUUUCGCACGCAGUUAGCAGCAGAUAUGCUCCGAGAACCGCGUCGCUUCACGAGCAGCAGGACUGAGGAUGAGAAAACUAAACAACAGCUCACUUUUGUUUGCGUCUCUAAGCGAGGAGCGACACAGUAACGGACAGAGCCGAGCGCUGUAUGACGUAAGCAACAAACGACACACUGUAACAUUACAAACAGCGUUUGAUCUUCAAAUGCGCGCCGAUGAAUGUGGAUGAAGAACUGAUUUGUUAUUUGCUGGUGGAUGGAUAUCAUAUGAACAGCAUUAAACUCAUCUUUUCUUUAGAUCUGACUGCAGUAAAAUGUCCUGCAGCAGCACGGACCUCUCAUGCGUCCCGGGUCAGGAGCCUGUGCUGACGGUGCACCUGCUGACCGACCCCGGUGCGUCUCUGCUCCUCCAGCACACUCUGGACCGCCUGCUCAAACGGGUCCGUCCCGGCCUACGCCUCUUCCACGUGUCCGAGCGGGCCUGUCCUGUACACGCCCAGCGGCCCGCGGCCGGACACCCCUCACACGCCGUCACCAUAUUCCUACACGAGUGCUACGGAGAGGAGCGUAUUCUCCGAGUGCUGGACUUCCUGCAGCGUCCGCCGUGGCAGUAUCACCAUACGGAGAGCUGCGGUGCUGGAGAGCCCAGGGGUCACCCUAGUGUCCCGUCCAGCGCCCUACUGAGGCCUUAUCUCCUGCCCAGCCGGGACUUCUACAGCCUGGGUGUGGGGAUGCCGGUGUGGGGCGUCCGGCCGGUGCACUACGGAGGGGAGGUGGUGCGGGUGACUUUACACAGCUCCUAUGAUAACUUCGAGGACACGGUGCGUUUAUAUGAGACGGUGCUGCAGAGGAGGGUGGAGGAGCAGAAGACGGGCUUCUGCUGGUUCACGCUGCUCACAGAAGCAGGGUUCAGUCUGCAGCUGGCCAUCAAGCAGCUCUCGCCCGGGGUGCGGCCGGAGCCGUGUUCCUCCACCGUGCUGCAGUUCAGGGUGGGGGAGAUCGGACAGCUCGUGCCCUUACUGCCCAACACCUGCUCGCCCAUCAGCGCCAGCCGAUGGCACACCGAAGACCUGGACCGCAACAAGAUCCUCUUCCAGGUUAAAGCUCCAGCACAAGCCCAAGGCUUCCUGAGGUCUGCGUUUCCUCUGAGCUGUCCCAGGAUGCUGCUGAGGAGCUGUGGAGCUGCCAGACCCCCUUCCACCGCUCCCUGCAGGAGGACGUCCCAUCUGAAGGAGCAGGCCGAGGACCGCUGUCCCCGCGGCGUGGGGUCAGGCAGAGAGAGCGCCGGCUCAGACAACACCCGCAGCUCUCCUCCGGGGUCCUCCUGUUACUCGUCCCUGCGCAGCAGCCCCGCAGGCCUGUCUGUCAACUGGUACGAGCCAGCGCUCACCUCCGAAACCUCCCUGUCACGCCUCCGGCUGGAAGAGGAGGAGCCGGAGACGGAUGUGGACACAGGUUGUGCUGUGAAGCUGCAGGCCGCUGUAGGAGCGUCUGCUCUGCUGAGACACGGUCUGGAUGAGCCUGACGAGAGCGUGAAGAGUGUCCUAGCAGAGACACAAGACGAGUUCUUCAUCUGACUCUUCAUUCAGAAUGAGACACACCAAUGAGUGUUUUGUGGAUAGUCUUUUAGUGACUUUGGUAUUGUCUGAUGAUGCAGCAUUUGGAAUGAACUUUCUGUUUAAAGUAUUUCUCUUGAACACCUACAGAAAUAGAAGUAAUGCUAGAACUGUAUUCUGAGCACACAUCUUCUUACAGUGUAGCAUGAGCCAAAUGAUUAAUAUGUUACACAGUACAUUUUAAACAGGCAAAGAUAAUGAGUGCAGUUGAUGAAUACUAGUAAACCCGAUGUAUAUGUUAUUCCAGACACAACCAGUGGGUCUGGUUCAAAUCAAAUUGACAUGUCUAAAAACAAAACAGGUCAAAUAUGCAAAUCAGAUGUUGAUUUGAGGUAUUUUGAACAUCAAACAUAUUUCAGUGUGGGAUUAACAUCCUAUUUGCACCCAAAUACCACUGGAACAAUUUGACUUUAAAACUGAAUUAAAAAUGAUGUUACAGCAUCUUGAUCAAA